AUGCGUUUUUGUUAUGUUGUCCGUGUGGAAGAAACCGAAGAUUACUUGUCGACCAAACGAUACCCCGAUUGGGAGAGAGACUUGUGCGGCAUUGAAAGGCUCCUUCGCACUCCUUCUCUGGUCGAGAAUCCCCAGAAGCCUCUCUUGCUCCUUGUCAGCAACGACGAAGAAGAUGAACUCGAUGUGGAGCGCUUGGUCAACCUCUUCGGGCUGACCGGUGCGAACUUUCGUCGUCCGUUCCGUGCUGUGUUGUCCGAUAGCAAGGGAAAUGACGGCACCCUCCUUGAGGCUAUCCAAUGGCUCACCAAAACAGCCCGCUCCUCGCAUGACGAAGGCACUGCCAUGACUGGGAGUGAUACAGAAGAGGAGAGUUCCAUCCUCACAUCCGCUACUGCUGGAACUGGCGCAACAUUGGCUUCUUCUUCUGUUGGCGGUCAUUUCGUGAUGGAUUAUGAACCCACUCUGUUGGGCGGCAAUCCGACCCUCCAGCGCUUCGAACCCAUCAAGAAGAGUACCCAUUGUCCCUUUGCUCAUGCCGCCAAGUUGUGGGGCGGCAAGUUGCCGCAUCGACCCGCUCCAGGAAGCCGCCUCCUUGAACGCGGGUCCCUUGGCCGAGUUUGCGGCCGGCUCCAAAAACGGCGAAGUGCUGGAUGGGUUCUGUUUGGAGAUUCCAGAGGCGCGCUAUAG